CUAGACUCGUGCUGUUUAGUACACAAAAGGGGCUGAAUUACAUGACGCGGGAUGCACAAGACUAGCCGUUAAACAAAACAUAGAAAUGUGGAAGCAUGUGGUUGGGUCAGUCUUUCUUUGGUGGGACGGUGAAAGCGAAAUUGAUCAGUCCGGACGGAAAAUUGUCCUUCAUUGCAUCACAACAAUUCCACAAAAAGUAAUGACAACCCAAUCUCUCCCCCCACCUUCCCUCUCCAUUUAUACCCCUCCUUUUCACUCCUUUUCCAACUCCAACCGCAGGCCUCUCCCUCUCUCACUAACCCAUUUUGCUUCUCUCUCUCUCUCUCUCUCUCUCUCUCUUACAGACACAGGCAGAGUUAAGUUGUGAUCUAUGGCUAAGGAGACGAAGCUGGCUGAGCAUGGGUCUUUUCCCGGCAAGGACUACCAAGACCCACCACCAGCACCACUCAUAGGCGCGGACGAGCUGACCAAAUGGUCAUUUUACAGAGCUCUGAUUGCUGAGUUUAUUGCCACUCUCCUCUUCCUUUAUAUAGGGGUCUUGACCGUGAUAGGGUACAAGAGUCAGAUUGAUCCGGACAAAAACAAUAAUAACCCAUGUGGUGGUGUUGGCAUUCUUGGGAUUGCUUGGGCCUUUGGUGGCAUGAUCUUUGUUCUUGUCUACUGUACUGCUGGUAUUUCUGGGGGUCACAUAAACCCAGCAGUGACCUUCGGGAUGUUCUUGGCUCGAAAGGUGUCACUGAUCCGAGCUCUGAUGUACAUGGUGGUUCAGUGUUCAGGAGCCAUAUGUGGUGCUGGGCUCGUGAAGGCCUUCCAGAAGUCUGACUACAAGAAGUACGGUGGUGGGGCCAACGAGCUCGCCCUCGGCUACAGCACCGGCGUUGGAUUGGCUGCUGAGAUCAUAGGAACGUUCGUUCUUGUGUACACCGUCUUCUCAGCCACUGAUCCCAAGAGAAGCGCCAGAGAUUCCCAUGUGCCUGUGUUGGCACCUCUUCCAAUUGGAUUUGCUGUGUUCAUGGUUCACCUGUCCACCAUCCAUAUCUCCGGUUCCGGCAUCAAUCCGGCUAGGAGUCUUGGGGCUGCCGUGAUCUACAACCAGAGCAAGGCUUGGGAUCACCAUUGGAUCUAUUGGGCUGGACCCUUCAUUGGUGCUGCCAUUGCUGCCUUCUACCACCAGUUUAUCUUGAGAGCUGGUGCCGUUAAAGCUCUUGGUUCAAUCAGGAGCAGUUCCCUUGUUUGAUAUCGAAAAUCCCGAGUUGUCGAAGUUAUCGUGGGUUCUAUUCCUUCUCCAUGGUUUUUGCUAGAAGUUAUUGAAAGGAGGAAAAAUGAUAUUACUAGAAAAAGAAUAAUGGAGGAAAGCUUUUGCUUGUAUGGUGGUCUGCUGCUAUGGGAGGGAUAUGAGAAUGUUUGAGAUAUGGCAAUGUAGAUGAAGUAGUCUAUGUGGGAAGGGAAAGCUUUUUGUAUCACUUUUGUUCUUAGCACUUUAACUUUGAAUGUUAUUAUUGCUCUUCAAUUUCUAAUUUUCUCCAACCUUUUUAUAGUGCAUUCAUAUAUGUAGGGCUCUUCAAUUUCCAUUGAUUCAAAUUCGUUUUCAAAAG